GAUUAUGUUACGCAUCCAUUUAGUCGCUUUAAGAUUUGGGAUUUCAGAUCUGGCGAAACCCUAGUUCUGGUUUUAUCUUCGAUUUUUUGUAAACUUUUCUCAAUCGUACUAGCUGCUACUAUUUGGUGUCGAUCCAUCAGAAUCGCUUGCUUUCUCUGUUGAUUUUGUUUGCGAUUUGAGGAAACUUUUCGUUUAAUCGAAGAUGUCGCGAUGCUUUCCCUUCAGACCUACAGGGUAUACGAGCAAUGGGUCAUGUAGCGAGGCCUUGAUCGAAUCAAUUAAGAUCCAGAGAGAGGAUGCUAAGGUCAAGAAAGAUCUCAAGAAAGAAAGGAGAAGGGAAAAGAAGGAAAAGAAGGAAAAGAAGGAAAAAAGGAAAGAAAGGAGAGAGAGGAAAGGAAAAACCUCCAAUUUCAGUGAUGCUAAAGACCAGAAGCACAUUGAAGCAGCAGGGGAAAGCACGACAGAGAGAAGUAAGGGGGUCUGCGUGCAAAAGCUAGAUGACUCCGAAAAUGAACAGCAGAACAAGAGUGACAUAACCGUGGAACAUGACCAACCAGUCUCUUGGUUAGAACCUUGCAGCUCGGACAGUAUCCAAAGCGGCAACAAAAGGAAAAGGAGUGUAUCACCAUCUAGUCAAAAUGGAGCAACGGGCAUAAAAUUAAGACUUGCACUGAAAAAACCUGAAGAACAGAAACAAGAUGAUCAAUUUGGCUCUACUUCCAGAAGUGCUGUAACUGUGUAUUCUUCUGUUCAAAAUGCCAAUGAAAGCCAUCAUCAAGUAAGAUGUUUCACUAGUGCAGAGAGAGAUACAUGUGCUGGAAAUUCUGAUUUUACGCUGAAAGGAAAAUUCCAGAGUUCACACAACGGAUCUGCUCCAAAAUCAGAUACGCCGGUGCUAUCUGUUUAUGAUGCCCUAUUUCAGAAUUGGAUUCCUCCUCCAUUAACUGUUGAUGGAUUAUCUUCUGAUGAAGACUGGCUGUUUGGUUCGGAACUUAAGGAUGGAAGGUCUGAUACCAAAAGAGUAAAACCUAUUUCUGGUGCCAUGAGGUGUUCAAGCACAUCUUUGUGGCCUCGGGCUCAAUACGUACCAGAGGUUGAAAUAUAUGCAUUGCCUUACACAGUUCCGUUUUGAUUCGAAUUCUGAAAGUUCGGUGGUCUUGGUGCCUGAGAAUCUCAAUACACAACUUGUAGAUAAAUUUUGUUAGGUAGUUGUCUUGUUGAGAAAUUUGGAAGCACGGAGUGCGGUAUUUGGUUUUUGAAGUUUAACUACGGCACUCUAACGAGGGAGCGGAUUAUGUAUUAUUCUUUUUUAACAUAUACAUACAUAAUGAUUCUAUUCACUCUUUC